AUGAUUUCUUUUUUGGUGGCUGCUGUUGGUGCAAUAGGUGCACUCCUACUCACUGACAAAGCAGAGGACGAUCAAGGUACGUCAUCAGGUUAAAUCUCAUGACAAGGAUGCAAGUAUCGAGUAUCGUUUCGGAGUAUCGAGUUCCUUGGAAAUUCUGAGCUAUUCCCACAACUCGCAUUCUUUCCUAUUGUAAGUAAUGCAAGGCAAAUGAAUUUCAAUUUUUCAAAAAAUCGAACACUUACUUAUGUAUUGAGAUCCCUAAUAAAUCAAGAAACAGGAAAGGAAAGGAGAGAAAAGAAAUAAGCCAGAAGCCACUAACGCUAAGCAACUUUUAAAAUCUCAGCUCCGUCCUUAUUACCCGCCUGAUCAACUGGAUGAGGCCCUUAAACUAGAUUAACUUAGACUUAUUGCUACAUUAACACCCAACAUCUUUUCUCAAUCUAUCCCUCAGGAUACUUGGCAGGGAAAAUCUUCAUGUCUAUGGUGGUUGCCAAGUUUAGCAUUGAGAUUGCAUUUUCGUUGGUGUAUAUUUACUCUGCGGAGCUGUUUCCGACAACUUUAAGGUGAGAGACUUUACUAUAUCGCUCUCGGUUUUUGAUGCCUUAAUUGCUUUAGAGUCGUGGCUGAUAACCAAAACAUUUUGCCACGAGUAUUUUCGUUCUACAGCUAUUUUGCUCAUGCAACGAGACACUACAGAAAAGAUAAUAUUCAUAACAAAAUUUGAUGGCCAACUAUAAAUCUCUGCAUCUCAAAUUUACCUUAUAAACCAAACAAAUUAGCAUAACAGCUACAGUUUUGCAUUAACGGUUCAAACUUGUUCUUUCGUUUUUCUCAGGAGUGUUGGCAUGGGAACAUCAACAGCAUCAGCUCGUGUGAGCGCUUUUGCUGCUGCUUACGCGCCUCUUUUGGUAAGUGACCACCCCGAUUGUCCUUAUCGAUUGGGCCUAGGGGAAGGGCCCUUAGGGAACUUGUGCAAUUUUAGCGGCCACCGCCGCCGUCGUUGCUGCAUAAGCUCCCUUUUGACUCUCGUUCCAAAACAAUAAGAAGCCAAGGAUAUUCCGAGUUGCGAGAGCUAAUCAAAACGUGCGAAAACUAAUUUCUGUCCACUGAUUUGGUAAAUACCAGGAGCCUAAUACUUAUAACUUGUAGCUAAAUCUUAAUGCCUCGACUGUUACAAAGGUUUUACAUGCAUUUUGAUGGCUCAAUUAUUUUUUACUAGUAAUAGGACCGGCUCUCAGCGACAUUUCAGGUGAACUCAACGUUCGUUUCACCUUUCUUUUUCAGCUCACCGUUCACCGUUUCUUGCCGUUUGGAAUAAUGGCUGGCCUCGCAGUUGCAGCAGCAAUUGCAGUUAUGACUGCACCUGAAACCCAUAACCAACCCACCUUGGAAAAUUUGUGCCUCGAUCAAAAUGAUGACGAUAAAAACAACAAAAAUGCUGAUAAUGUAGACAGCGAGAAAAGCACCUUGAUGUAAAUUACCUCCUCACUUCAAAUAUAUGUUUUUAAACCUGCAUGUUUAAACCUGUUUAAAAAAUAAGCUAAGGCUCUAGCACAUUUUCCUACGCUUAUAAUUGCUGUAUUAACGCGAGCCUACUGUACUCGUUUUUCAAUGACGCGGAAUGGCGACCAGGUUGCGACCAAGUACAAUGUAGCAAUCAAUCAGGAAUUACACUCUUCUAAGUAAACGAGAAGGAAUAAUCGGGAGAAAGGAUAUGAAACAAGGCGAAUUUACUUUUUGUUAAAGAGCGACGUUUUCACUACCGCUGUAGCCGUCAUGGAACUUCCUACUUGAGGUUGAUUGACGUGUGGCGGGAAAAAAUACUUCCUGUCACAGUGUUAGAGGCUUUCGUAGUCUUUUCUUAAGGUAGAGAGCCCACCGCGCGGUUGUACAAAUACUCAUGACUCUUAGCCAGCCCCACCUGAACUCGAGCCGAGCGUGGCACGCGACAUAAUGUCCCGCCAUCAAAGGAAGUCAGAUGUCAUUUGACGUUUUAAUGUAGACGUCAGCCGCGUCACUUGGACGUGCACGAUCCAUGGAAAGGCCAACGGUCGCUCGUAGUGCUCUCUCUCCCUUGGUAGCGUAGCGUCCGGCCUGGAGAAACCAUUGCUCGCAGAGCAAAGUUUUGGUUACGUGGUAAGAAAGCAAUAUUUAGCUGUCCAGUCAAUCUAGAGUUUAUUUCAAUAUUAUUCUGUUUUCUGGUCCAACAAAGAUCGGGCUACAAUUCAUGUACUACUGCUUGAAUGGACCUUAUUCUGUUAAAACUGAUGUAGUAACUAGGCACUGUGUAGUGCCAGAAAAUAUCCUUACCCUCCCCACGUAGGGCAUUUUUGCUUUAGACCCCCCACCCGCCUGGAAUUUCCAUUCCAGGGGGUGCCUGUCAGACCCUACCACCCCCUGCAUUUCCGUAAUUUUCCAACUUGGUUAGGCACCCCCUUGAAAGAAUAUUUCCAACAAAAAAGCUGUUGCAUUAUACUAUUAGGCGAAAGAUAAUUGUUGAUAAAGUGAGGAAAAAUAUUUUUAUUAGCGUGAAAACGGUGUCUAAUAACCUCAAUUUUGCCUUGUGAAGGUUUUCCUUUAGUUAAUAAUUAAGUCAUUGAGAAACAUGGAGGGGAUACCGUACAAGAGAAGACUACUCAAGUUGCCCUGUGGAUGACCGAACAGUUGUUAUAGUUAUUGUGUCGUUGGGCGCCCCUGUCAACUAUCGCCUAACGCUUCCACUACUUUCUUUACCCAUAUAGUUUUAUUUUUCAGUUUCACUCUCGGCCAUUUUGCCAUGUUCUGAGUGUGCGCUUUAGUACCGGUCUUGAGACUGAAACUUGGUGGCUCGUCAGAAAUUCAUGAUCAGAACUCUUGAAAAGAAAGUCUCCGACCAUAACUUUGUCUCUGUCAUCAGUGAAACGGAUAUUGAGGCUGUAUCCGCUUCUGGGCCCGUUUCUCGAAUGUCCCGAUAACUAACGGCCCCCUAAAGCUGUUGUUGUUUACAUGCAAGACAGAAAUUUCAGUAAUUUUGCAUCUAACAUGAUAAAAUUAUCAGUUAAUGAAAAAUAGGGAGUAUUUUGCUAGCCAAAACCCGCGCCCCACUUAUUCCUUUUAUUUCGAUUUGAAUAUUUGAUUUCGGGCCUGAAAAGUUUUAGGGACUUUGGAUAAACGGGCCGGCUGGUCCGUUGUCUAAGGCCUCAAGAAGGGAAUUUACUGGAAAAGUAACCUUUUAAAGCGUCCUUUAAACGUGAAUUUGAAGACGUCAGGGCCUAACCCAUUGGUAAACACGUCUGAUUCCAGCUUUUUAACUUGCUGUAUCUGCGGUAUAUUAUCUUAGUGUCAGGUUUUUUAAAAGCUUGUUUGAGAAGCCCAGCAUGCAUGCUAUAAGGAGGAAAUUGUCUAAUAUGCUUUAGCGCAUCCUUUGGUAAAGGAAUGAGAGAGGAACAGGUCAGCGUUCUAGACCCCAGGUUUCCUUCAUUGUAUACAGCUGUUUCGAGAAAGGUUGUCGGGAAAAGUGCACGCGAAAAUCCUGAAAGGCAUUGUGGGUGGUUUUGAGUUCUCUUUUUUUCAAAGAAAUUUGAAAGAAUUGGCACGAAA